AGCCCUGGGUUUCCUUCAGGUGAAUCACCAUCUGAUUCCUGCAGGUUCAGGAAAUACUCUUCCCCAGUCAACAAAUCUCACCUACUCUUAGUUGUGAGUCAUUUACAUUAGCAAGAGAGCAAGUUGUUCCAGUAGUUGCCGGGCAGGAGAAUUUGAAAGGGUGCCCCACAGGACAAUCUCUAAAGGGGUAGGGGAGAUAACCGACUUCGUCUCGUUGGGGAGAAAAUGUUUAGUUUUUAUGCUUUACCAGAAAAUCCACUUCCCUGACGACCUUAGUUUCAAAGCUUAUUCUUAAUUAGAGACAAGAAGCCUGUUUCAACUCGAAGACACCUUAUGAGGUGAAUGGACAGCCAGCCACCACAAUGAAAGAAAUCAAACCAGGAAUAACCUAUGCUGAACCCACGCCUCAGUCAUCCCCAAGUGUUUCCUGACACGCAUCUUUGCUUACAGUGCAUCACGACUGAAGAAUGGGGCUCAACUGGACACUUGCAAAAUUACCAAAUAACGAGCUGCACGGCCAAGAGAGUCACAACUCAGGCAACAGGAGCGAUGGACCAGGAAAGAACACCACCCUUCACAAUGAAUUUGACACAAUUGUCUUGCCGGUGCUUUAUCUCAUUAUAUUUGUGGCAAGCAUCUUGCUGAAUGGUUUAGCAGUGUGGAUCUUCUUCCACAUUAGGAAUAAAACCAGCUUCAUAUUCUAUCUCAAAAACAUAGUAGUUGCAGACCUCAUAAUGACGCUGACAUUUCCAUUUCGAAUAGUCCACGAUGCAGGAUUUGGACCUUGGUACUUCAAGUUUAUUCUCUGCAGAUACACUUCAGUUUUGUUUUAUGCAAACAUGUAUACUUCCAUUGUGUUCCUUGGGCUGAUAAGCAUUGAUCGCUAUCUGAAGGUGGUCAAGCCAUUUGGGGACUCUCGGAUGUACAGCAUAACCUUUACAAAGGUUUUAUCUAUUUGUGUUUGGGUGAUCAUGGCUGUUUUGUCUUUGCCAAACAUCAUCCUAACAAAUAGUCAACCAACAGAGGACAACAUCCAUGACUGCAUGAAACUUAAAAGUCCUUUGGGGGUCAAAUGGCAUAAGGCAGUCACCUAUGUGAAUAGCUGCUUGUUUGUGGCUGUGCUGGUGAUUCUAAUCGGAUGUUACAUAGCCAUAUCCAGGUACAUCCACAAAUCGAGCAGGCAAUUCAUAAGUCAGUCAAGCCGAAAGCGAAAACAUAACCAGAGCAUCAGGGUAGUUGUGGCUGUGUUUUUUACCUGCUUUCUUCCAUAUCACUUGUGCAGAAUUCCUUUUACUUUUAGUCACUUAGACAGGCUUUUAGAUGAAUCUGCACAUAAAAUCCUCUACUACUGCAAAGAAAUGACACUUUUCUUGUCUGCGUGUAAUGUGUGCCUAGAUCCAAUAAUUUACUUUUUCAUGUGUAGGUCAUUUUCAAGAAGACUGUUCAAAAAAUCAAAUAUCAGAACCAGGAGUGAAAGCAUCAGAUCACUGCAAAGUGUCAGAAGAUCAGAAGUUCGCAUAUAUUAUGAUUAUACUGAUGUGUAGGCCGCCUACUGCUUGAUGGAAUCAAUAUGUACAAAGUGUAAAUACAUGUUUCUUUUCAUUAUCCUU